AACAUGUCGCGCGCUCUCGCCAGCCAGUCGUCGUUCGGCUGAGUCGUCGCCCCUUUUUUUUGCUCUCCGUCUCACUGUGUGUGCUACUGCUAUUGCUGCUGCUCGAUGAUAACGGAUACGCUCGCUGGACUUGCAGGAACUCACGAGUAGUGUUGCGAGACAUCGUGUGCUUUUCUGUGCGUGUCGUAGAUCCGCAGUGCGCCGGGGAAUCCAUGAAGCUACUCUACUGGCCGAGACGGCCUAGAGCCGCCGUCCCUCGCAGGUGGUUCUGAGAGAUAUCUAUCGAUGCUGACGAACCCGCAGAUCGCGGUGUGAGAGAUAUCGCAUAAGGAUACGGAAAACCAGAAAGAGAGAUAGAGGAGGAGAAAGAAACAAACGGACUAUAGAUGCGGCUGGAGUAGGAUAUUGUGUGCUGUGUUAAGCUCCGAAGCUAGUUUGUUGCCAGACUGAGCAGUGCAGGAUGAUGUACUCGCCGGAUAAGAUGAUGAGCAGCAAGGGACUGCACGGGACACCUAUAUCGGCGCCCGGAUGCUUCCCGUCGGGCAGGUACUCGCCGCCACCUUACAGAGCGGCGCCCGAUCCUAUGGCGCCGCCGCCGAGACGAUGCAUGCCCAAUCCUACGAGUCGGAUGCUGGAGGAUGCGACAAUCGUGUGCAAUUCCUGGUCGCCGAGGCAUAACGGCGACAUAUUCGGCGGACUGAACAGCGGUUUGCAAGACGGUCUGCUGUCGAGGGCGGAAGCUCUGGCGGCGGACCUCGGCAAGCACAACGGCGGCACACCUAUGCCUCUGAAGCAUGACCCCGUCUCGGUCUACCAUCACGGGGCCCACAUGCCAAGUCCCCAUCACAACAAUCGGCCGCAUCAUCAGGUACAGACACACUUCUUUAUGAGCCACCCCGGCAUGGAGUCGCUGGACAUGCUGGACCCGGCCAACUCGAUGACGACGCUGACGCCGAUGUCUGAGGGCGCUGCGGGCGGCGGUGGCGGCGGCGGCGCCAACAACCCGGGACACCACGGCGGCAUCCACGGGCCCUCGGUCUACGGCGGCAUGAACGGCAUGAUGGGCCACCACCACCACCACAGCCAGAUAGGCGGCAGUGUGCCCCAUCCCCACCACCACCCAGCCAUGGCGGCGGCGGCGGCGGCAGCGGCCGCUGCGGGCCUGCAUCCGGAUGCCGACACCGACCCACGCGAGCUCGAGGCGUUUGCCGAGCGCUUCAAGCAGCGACGCAUCAAGCUCGGCGUGACGCAGGCCGACGUGGGCAAAGCCCUGGCCAACCUGAAGCUACCUGGGGUCGGGGCCCUCUCGCAGUCGACGAUAUGUCGCUUCGAGUCGCUGACCCUGUCGCACAACAACAUGAUCGCCCUGAAGCCGAUCCUGCAGGCCUGGCUCGAGGAGGCCGAGGCCCAGGCGAAGAACAAGCGACGCGACCCCGACGCGCCAUCUGUGCUGCCGGCCGGCGAGAAGAAGCGCAAGCGCACGAGUAUAGCAGCGCCCGAGAAAAGGUCGCUCGAGGCGUACUUUGCGGUGCAACCUAGGCCCAGCGGCGAGAAGAUAGCCGCGAUCGCGGAGAAGCUCGACCUGAAGAAAAACGUCGUGAGGGUGUGGUUCUGCAAUCAGCGCCAGAAGCAGAAGCGCAUGAAAUUCGCGGCUCAGCAUUGACCCGAGGCCGGCUUGUGACAGCAAAACUGACUGUACCAGCCGCCGAGCCUCGAACCUAAACCUGAGCCACUCGGUGAGUACCAGGGCUGGCCCUGAACUGCCGAUGCUUCGCUGAGGUGUACAAAGGUUCGAUCCCACGGCGGAUAACUGAUCAGGUCUGACUCUGCUGUCACAGGCUCACGCGUCUGCAGUAUAUACAGUAUACACGCGUCCGUCGCGCUUACUCGUCGUCGUCCUGUCUCGCUUGUGCUGGUGAUUCGCGAUCACGCGGAGCAGCGCUGCUCUCGUACAUGGUUAGGUAUCUCGAAAAAUUCGCUUCUCUCGGGCACCGAGAGAAAAAUUGCAAAUCAGCCUCGUUCGGUAGCAGUCCCGUUUGGGCUUGAUUACAUUUCCGCGACGUUAUCCAAUUGUGGAAACGGCCCUUGCAUUGCAGUACGUCGAUUAAAAAGAAUCUAGCUCGCAGGAAGCAACAAAAAACAAUUUUUAAAACGCAAUAACGACGAUUGACUUUUGUGUACAGCGUCGCGCGGGCUAACGAGAUUACGCUCUCGUGACCCGAUAAAUGUCAAAAUUGUCCAGAGCGGCAAGUGAAAUAACGAAUUUCCAUCCGCCGCUAACCCGAUGCAUUAUAUCCAAUUCAAUUUUCGUCUCUACGUAACAGCGCACUAACCAACUUCGAACUGUAUAUAAAGUGCACUCGAACGGCCAUCGCGCGAGGCUCGCAUUAAUAAACAACAACAACAACAAAGAAACGCGUGGACAAAUCGAGUCCGGCCUGCGACGCGAAGCAGCGAAUCGAUGCGGCACGUGUGUGCGAUCGAUCGCAGAUUUUAUAAAUAGCGAGAGUGCGCGCGAGAUACCACGACGCGGCGAAUUCGUGUGUGCGCGCAAGGACGUGAACGCGCGCAACUUACACACAAUCGAUGAGUCACGUAUUAUUGUGUCAUCUCGCUCUAGUAUCUUAUAAGCUCGCGAAGCUUUGGUUAGAUUUAUGAUCCGAGAACGAGGUUUUUUUCGGAGACGCGUAUGCACCGGACAAGGUUAAUCGAUUCCGGACUUUUUUCGGCCACGAGAUACGGGAGGGACUAAUUGAAUCUAUUAUUGACGGAUUAUUAUCGCUUUGAAGGGAAACGAGAGCACUUCUUUUUUCUUAAAUUUUGAUGACCUGAUUAUGUUGGGCUUAUCGGAUAAUAAUACUCUUUAAUUUAUUACUCAUCGUAUCGUAAACAAACAACGCAGUGCAAAGGCUGCUGACACGUGUCCGGAGACUUUGAACGAAUCGAUAACAUCGGAAUCGGACGUGUAGGCGAAUUUUUCGAGAGCUAUAGUUCUAAGCGCUGUGUAGGAAUGUCAAGAAGGUGCUGCGGCAAGUGAAAUAACCGCGUGGGGCGAAGCAAUACGCACAUACGACGAUAGAACAACGAACAGUAAUUGAAGUGCGACGAGGACGAGAGGAAGAAAAAAAGUAAAAUAAAGUAAAAUAAACAAUUUGGAAAGUACAACUCGAAACAUAACUUAUGUAGUGUAAAACCGUAUAACUAUUGUUAUUUGGAGUCUCGAUGUAAGCCGGCGACUCUGGGAAAGUGAUAUUAAUCCUAAUUGACUACGAACGUGUGUGCGGUGUACGAAGGAAUAACCCGAAAUAGAUGAAAACUUCGUGUGAAUAUUGCGCGCGUUAUAACGAUUAUAAAAAAAGAGAGAAGAGAAUUAUAAUACCGAACAUGUGCAAAGCAACGAAGCGAAUAAGUACGUACCGCGUAUUAUACGUAGGAGCAACGCAACGAGUUAUAUGGAGUAUAUAAUAUACAGACUUACACAUACACGCGAACACAGACACACAUAGACCCGCGUCUUGGGGAAAAAAGUGAGUUUCAGACACAAGUAGUGAUAUCGGACAAUCAGUGAACAAGACUGUAUCAUAUCAUAAAAAAAGAGAGAGAGAAAGAAAAAACGAAGCAAUACCCUUAGAAUUAUUAUAACGUCGAUGCUGUAAUUGAUUAUGAAAAAGAAAAAUGAAUAAACGAAGAUGCGGACCGCGACCUGGCUUCUUUUCCCACCAGUGAUCUCAAAAGAUAAAAAAUUAUAGAGAGAAAGCCUAUGGUACCUUCGAUCAUCUCAUCGCCGACGAACGAGUAUUGAUAUAUUGCGAGAUCUCGACGGAAAAUCGAGAUAAGCGUGCGAGGUAUAUAUAUAUAUAUAUAUAUAUAUAUAUAUAUAUAUAAAUAUAUUAUAUAUACGCAUCCACCAUCGAUUAUUAUUGCCAUUAUUAUUGCGAAAGAGAAGGAGCGGCUCGCGCGCGAGUUCGACUAUAAAGACGAUUCGUUUGUACACACCCCGGAGCCAUCCACUUUUCCACCUUUUUCUCGUACGGUCAUCAUGUGUAUACCCCCCCCCCCCCUAUACCGUGUACAUGGAAAUACUGCAGCCGACAUCAUUUUUCCCCCCCUGGUAUCUACUAUCGUUCGUGUUGUACACAUCUCCGUACGUCCCGAGUACAUCGAGAAAGAAGAGUAUGAUUAUUAUUAUUAUUAUUAUUAUUAUAUAAAUAUAUGUAUAUGUAUAUUACGCAUUUGUAAUCAGGCGCUCGUCGUUUAUACUCGACACUCGGGCGCGUCUUUAUUCCUUCGAGGGACGGAUUGACAGUCAGAGAGAGGACGGGUCGAGCUUUUUUAGCGAGAGGCGAGACACGCCAGCAAUCCGAGAGAGAAAAAGUUGUAGCUCAUUUUUAAAGUUGUACAUAAUGUAGAGACUAAGUAUUUUCUAGGGGAGGAUUUCGAGUGAAGGUCGACGACGGCUUACAUUAUAUUAUAGUCUAAUUUCGAGCGUCGACGCAAUCGUGUAAAUUUAGGUAGUCAAGGAGAUUUAAUGAAAAAAAAAUACAGAGGAGUGCGAGGAAAUUAUUAGUGCAAUAUAGUCAUUAGCUAUACACGUCUCGAGAACGUCUUGUUUUUAUUCCGCGGUUUCGCGGAUGCUGGAAAAAUUCAAGGAACGAAGUAACGCUUUUUUCAAUUUCGACGAUCUCUACUUAUAUAAAUUUAAUUCAGUCUCAUUUCUAUACAACUGGUUAUCUAUAUGUAUGGUGCUAUUCUUUCGAAAAUGCUUAUGAAUAUAAAAAAUUCUUUGCAAUUGUAUACAGCGUGAUAAAGAAUUGUCUAAUUUUUUCAACUAUCCGCGACUGCUAAUCGAGUCUCGAUGGACCUCGUUCUCGCGCCCUUUGAUCCUUCAGCGUUGAUCAUUCGAGCGUCGAUUGGACACUGGAUACGCAGCUGUCGAACCAUUUCGACAGAUAGAAGAACGAGGAUAAGAGGGAUGAAUUGUACAAAAAAAUAUUUUGUUGUUGUAUCGUGGGCGUGAACGGUUUUUUUCGGAAAAAAAAAUAAGAGACAAAUUAUCGACUUUAUUAUAAUAAUAAAUUGCAUGCUUGUUGAAACUUGCGCAGUUCGAAUUUUAUAAAUCGUACCUAUGGUCUAUUAUAAAAAGAGAGAGAGAGAGAGAGAGAGAGAGAGAGAGAGAGAGAGAGAAUGAUGGUCGACGGGAUUGAUGAUCGACACACUUUUUUGUCUGUACGUACAUAUGUAUGGGAGGAUCAAUUUUUUUUUCUCUUUGUUGAAGACGAUUUUUGUAACAUAAUUGGUAUGUACUCGUACUAUCGAAAGCAUCGAUCGCAGCUGAAUAUUUCACUAAUAGACUUAUAUUGUACAAUUGAGAUCGCGAUGUGUAUCUUCGUGGGGAGAAAUAUUUUUUUCAAAAAUUCAACGACACACUCCUGUGGCAAACGAGAGAGGAAAAAAAAUGUAACGAAUUUUAUAAAUAUCAUAGAUAAUCACACCGCGCGAACACCGGCUUUUGCGUAUAAUAAACUAAAAGAAAACAUAGAACGUAUUAGUGUAACCAUGUAGAAGUAUUUAACGAUAGAAUUUAACCUCACGUACCUUGUUUCUCGAUUACAUUUGAUUUUUCUUUUAGUUUAGUAUACUCCAUAGACAGACGACUUUCAGCCAUCUUUUGCGUCAAAAUAUUUUUCCCUACGUUCUAUCGAAUGACGAGUAAUUCUGUAGGCAUUCAACACAGGGUAACAAGUCAUUAUCGGCGUAACGCUUCUAACAGUACCUUUAUUAUUGCAUACAUGUAUAAGCAGCCUUAUAAUACGUGCAGUUUUAAUCUCAUUGUUUCUCUGAGGAAAAAUAAAAAUAAUGACAUUACACGUCGAAACUUAAUACUCGAUCUUGCAAUUGCUUAUCGGACGAUAUUUCUUCGUUUUUUGAAAAGUAUAAAUAUUUUAAAUAUAUGAACGAGAAAAAAAACGAAUUUGUGAUUCUGUAUACUUUAGUAUACAUUUUUAACGAAUUUAAUGAUCUCUUUUGUCAUAACGCAAUAUAUAUAAUGAAGCCCAAAGAGUUCUGAGAAGAGGAUGAAAUCUAGUCGGUAAGAACCAAAAGUAUUAGACACUCGGCUUAAGGACCUGUGUACAAAGUUUCACGAAAUCGGCAAACGACACACACACACAUACACACGAACGGAGCUGAGUUCCAAAAAGUGGACGAAACUCAAGCAUCCGCGCUGUUAAUUGUAAGUUGCGACGUUUCUACUCGAAAGAGGCGUUGAAUAAUAAACGGGAGAAUAAUACCAGAAGCCAAAAUGAAUUGUUACGCGUUACGGGUCUUACUCGUAAAUCCAUCGAGAGCACUUAGCAUUUGUGUUGUUGUGUUUCUUUUUCUUUAUUUUUUUUUUAUUCAUCGUUUCCAUCGCAUGGGCGAGAAAGCUUAUUUUGCAUUCUUCAUGGCGGUUUUUUCCCCCGAAAAAAUCCAACCACUCUUUGCGUAUACAUAUGUAUAGUUGCGUGUAAUACUGUUGAAGAUUAUUCGUUACAACACUUUCGUCCGUGAAAAUUCUGUGCAACUUUUAUCGCGCAAACGCGAAUCGAGCUAAAAGCUUCCGCACGUCGAAUAUCGCCCGCAGAAAUACUUUAAACGAAAAAGAAUCUCUUUCAGCAGAUAAUGUAAAUACAUGAACGUUAUUUUGACGACAUAUAGACAAAGGCAUCUCAACAGUUUUGCUUUGUUCAGACACUUGUAAGCUUUGACAAAGCCGAACACAAAAUGUAUCGCGUGAAAAUGAACGACAUUUGUUACAUACAACGACAUUCUCUCUUCUAUUUUUCGUUAUACUAUAAGACAAAGCCGAUAGCAGAAGAAAGAGUUGAGCACACUGCAGGAAAACAAGAACCCUCUGAAUGCCAUAUGUAUUGUAAAUCGUGCGUGCGAUUAGCGAGUAAGAUUCCACUUUUUAAGCGACAUAAGAGUGUAAUGAAGACAUAUCAUAAAGAAAUAAAGAAAAAAAAAUAUUAGUUGAAUUGCCUGAACAGCGUAGAAAUUUAAAUAUAAAUAUUAUACAUAUAUUGCGAAUGAGAAAAAGAGGUUAAAAAAAGAACAACCGUGUGCGAGCCAUUGCGCGCAAUCUCGAGACGAGACUGCAGUUAUUUAUUAUUAUUAUUUUUAUUAUUAUCAUUAUAAUUAUUAUUAAUAUCGUAACUUCGUGCGUAUAAAUAGCGUUUCUUUAUAGGUGGUCGAUUAGCAAUUUUUCACCAAAGAUGGCAUUCAGCGAGCUGCUCGAAUUACGUCUUGAAUCUUCUCGGAGUGAAAGUGAAGCGCUGCACACGACGCACAGACUGUCACUCUAGAGUCGAUUCGUAUAGAGUAAUUGUACGUGAGAAUAAGUCGUUAAACAGUGAACGUUGAGUUUUUUGCUCUCUUUCUCUCUCGCUUGUUCUCGCAGAUGAAACUCGUGCUUUUUUCUCUAUAUAUGAUAUAGUUGUUGUGAAAAAGUGUGAAGAUGAGAGAGCGAGAAAUGCGUUGCGCGCGGCGAUUUUCGUCUCGAGUUUGCGCGUCGAUCGCGAGAGAAUUAUAUUGAUAGGCGACGAUCGAGCAACGAAACGCUCAUCCAUUAUUGUACAUAUCAUGUGCCAUAACUCAUUUUCCAUACUUCGUGUCCAACUUUGUUCCAAGUACCUACUCAACUAUAAAUAAUAUAAUAUAAUAAAAUAAAUCUCGAUGUUAUUGAUAAAAAACA